AUGCGCAUUACUGGACCAGCACGACUGCUUUGGGCACUUCCAUUGCUUACCCUGGUUUCAGGCUUCCCAGGAACGGAGAGCUCCCAUAAAGGCACUCAAGCUCAUCAAGCUUUACACAAGAGAUGUCCAUAUGCCAGCGCCGAGUCUCAAGCCGUACAAGAGCAUGAAAAAAGAUUCCUUGUCGAUUCUAUGAUGUCAUCCAUUGAUGUCACGGGGGAACACGAAUUCCAACCGCCUAAUCUCGAGGGUGGUGACCAGCGUGGCCCUUGCCCUGGUCUCAAUGCGUUGGCAAACCACGGCUACAUUCCGCGAAAUGGAGUGGUUUCGUUUGGCCAUGUGAUCAAAGCAAUCAACGAAGUAUACGGUAUGGGAGUGGAUUUGGCAACGGUCCUUGCGAUAAUGGGCACUGUCUGGACAGGAGACCCAUUGUCCCUGGAUCCGAGGUUUUCCAUUGGAGGUCGUGACCCUGGUGUAAACAACCUUCUGGGAAAUCUGGGGGGACUCCUUGGUGAGCCUCAGGGUCUUAUUGGAUCUCACAACUUUAUCGAAGCGGAUUCAUCCAACACGCGUGACGACUUGUAUGUCACGGGAAACAACUACGCACUGAAUAUGGAAAAGUUCAUGUCCUGGUAUAACAUGUCUGUCGACGGCUCUUUUGACAUGGAUCUUAUGGCCAAGCGAGCGAAGAUACGUUUUGAGGAGACAAUUCAAACAAAUCCAAACUUCUACUAUGGGCCUGUGACAGGACUUAUUGCCCGCAAUGCUGGCUACAUUUUCCCUGGUCGGCUGUUUCGGAAUCAUUCCCGCGAGAAUCCAGAUGGAACCCUGACCAAGAGUCAUAUUCAAAACUUCUACGGCAUAUACGGCGAGGAGGGUAAUUUUAUCUACCGGGAAGGUUGGGAAAGAAUUCCUAAGAACUGGUUCAAAACACCGGUGGACUACGGUCUGUUACAGCUCAACCUGGAUACUAUUGAUUGGAUGGCCAAGUAUCCAGAACUUAGAAGUAUCGGAGGCAAUAUGGGUAAAGUUAAUAGCUUUGCUGGUGUUGACCUUGCAAAUUUGACCGGUGGUGUUUUCAACCUUACAAAUUUAUUGGAGGGCAACAAUUUGCUAUGCUUCGUUUUUGAAGUGCUGAAAUUCGCUAGCCCGAAUGCCCUCGCUAGCUUAUACACGACUUUGGCGGAGCCCUUGGGCUUCGUGAGCGAUAUUUUGUCUGUUCCUUUGGUUAACUUCACCUGCCCGGCGUUCCAGGAUCUUCAAAUGAGUGGUAAGCCAUUCUGGGAGGCCAUUCAGAAUGAUUUCCCAGGUGCUAUGCACAGUGGUCGUGCCUUUUAG